AUAGAAGAUAUAGCAGGCAUGGCUGUUCUGCCUUGACCAAGUCCGGAUGGAGUCAGGAUAACAAGGCUGAAGCGGAGCCGCUGCGCUGGACGACAGCGGUGGACUACGGUGAUCCGAGAACCGAUCUAAAGAGAGUGCUGUCCUUCCCUCCAUACCCUAGGGAUUAUCUACAUCCUGUGGUGUAUGCCUGUACUGCCGUCAUGCUGCUGUGUUUACUUGUCUCCAUCGUGACUUACAUUGUACACCACAGCGUCAUCCGCAUCAGCAGGAAGGGCUGGCACACCCUCCUCAAUUUCCUCUUUCACACAGGCCUGACAUUUGGGGUGUUUGCUGGAGGCAUCAAUCAGAUCCACUUUCCUUUGGUUUGUCAGAUUGUCGGCAUUGUACUCCAUUAUGCUUCAUUGUCCACCAUGAUGUGGCUGGCAUUUACUGCAAGAAACAUUUGUAAAGAUGUGUGCAAAGAGCCAAUUCAAGCCCAGGACAGGAGUGGUCCAGUCCAGAAACGUUCCAAACCAACCAUCCUGAGAUUUUAUCUUGUGAGCGAUGGAGUACCUCUGAUAGUUGUAGUCAUUACGGCUGUGUUUGGCAUGGAUAACUAUGGCAGCAGAGACGGAGCAUUAUACUGCUGGAUGGCAUGGGAACCUAGUCUGGGAGGCUUUUAUGCACCAGUAGGUCUUCUGGUCUUAGUCAUGUCUUUGUACUUGUUGAUCACCUACAUCCAGCUGAAGCGCCACCCAGAGAGAAAGUAUGAAUUGCACCUUCUAAGAGAGGAUCAGCAGAUGUUGUCGUCCAGUGACUCAAACCAUCAUUCUCAAAGUGGCAGUGGUGGAGCUUCAGUGUCUGCUGGAGACUGUCUGCCAUUUUCUACUGGUGCAUCUGUACUGGCUAAUGAACACUCUUUUAAAUCCCAACUCCGUGCCACCAUCUUCACACUGUUUCUGUUCCUGGCAACCUGGGCUUUAGGAGCAUUGGCUGUAUCACAGGGACAUUUUCUGGAUAUGAUUUUCAGCUGCCUCUACGGGGCUUUUUGUGUCACUCUGGGCCUCUUCCUUCUCAUCCAGCAUUGUGCCAAACGGGAUGAUGUGUGGAAUCGUUGGUGGGUUUGUUGCCCAUCUAAAUCAAAGAUAGAAAAUAUAAAUACUGAUGGACAGAGUCAGACGCAACAACUCCAUCAACCACACUGCCACUUGAGCUCUCCGUGUUCAGGCAAGCAGCCACUGCUUUCAUUACACCUCUUACAGGGUUCUUCAGAUAAAAUGACACCACCUCCUCAAAGCCCAACUCCAAGUAACACAGGUCCAUGUUGUGUGGCUGUAAUGAGUCCAGCAUCCCCUAUCCCGUCUCUCAUUGAGCCAGAGUUUUCACCACGUCCUCAUUCACUUCCAGAUGAACUCCCUCGGCCAACUCUUCCCCUUCAGAGAUGCCUUACUGAGAGAGCAAAGUCACGUUCCUUUAAUCGCCCACGACCAUGCCUCCAAGACUACCACUCACAUUUGGCUUCACUGAGUAUGGAUGGAAGUGUGCACAGCUCUCAAAGGGACAGCUCUCAGCCUGCACAGCAUCUAGAAGGAACACCGUUAGUUUCCAACGGCCCACUUCCAGAUCAUCAGCUUCUUUGUCCUAGUCCUCACUUGGAUAAGCAGAUGGGUUCCUGCCACACCUUUCAACGCCAAACGUCCUGCCAGAGUAUACAAGACCCAGUGACUUCCUGUCACGGCCAUGUUCACAACAUGCAUAACAGCAUAACUUCCUAUCACAGCCUCCUCCUGCCUUCUCAAGGGGUCCAUUCCUGCCAGUGGCACAUGUAUGGUUCAGCUACUCCCUCUGCUAAUGCAACCUGCUGUGAAAAACUUGAUUCAUUUAAAGUGCAAUGUGAGCAAGAUCCCAAAACAUACAGCUGCACAUUAAAAACAGAAGAUGAAGACACAGAGAACCAUUCUUUGGACAUAGAGCAGAGAGGCUUUCCAAGAAAUACUCUGCCUCGACAGCAUUCCAAAGUUAGCCGCCGAGGAGUCAUUGGUCGAAACAGAAGUUUGCAAGAAGAUGGCCUGUUUGGCUCAGAUGCUACAGGAAAUAUUCGGACUGGCCCUUGGAAGAAUGAAACCACAGUUUAGAUGUUUAGUCUUCCAAUAACUCUGUCUUUAUAGAUGACUUGUAUGUGGUUUUGGUCUUUAUGCUGUACCCUAAAGUAACCUCAAUGAGUCCUCACAUAAUUUAGGACAAAAUUAAGUUGUGAAAUAAAUAUUACAGUCUUUGCAGAUUUAAAGGAUAAUGUGGAGUCACCUCUAGUUAAACUAAACAAGGAAUAUUUUAUGAAUACUCACGAGCACAGUGGUUCUCUAAUUAGAAAUGUGAGUGAAAAGAAAAGGGCCAAAACUUUAAACCAUAUCAAUUCCACUUAGAUGUUUCAUGUUAGUUUCUAUAAAUUGUUUUAUAUUAAUCUAAAAUGUUUGUAUCUAGAAAAAUUAAGAUAGCAGCACUCACUGAACGUUGCAUAGGAACACAGUCCAGGUACAAAAUAUGACUAGAGCCCCUGAUUUUCUUGAAAAGAAGACUUGGCCUCUUGACUUAAUAUGCAUGAAAAAGCUUACAAUAUCUCUUUUUAGAUACAAUUGUCUUAAAGACACAGAUAAUGAAACCCCUCCCAACUAGAAUAGCAGGAAUCUCCCUCGAACUGCUCAGUGUCUUAGAUAUCUACUCUGGGUAUGAAUUUAGAACAUUUUACUUCCUGCCUUUGGCUCUGUAGACAUGACAAUGUAUUAUGUAAAAUUGUCUCUUUUUAGCUUUGUAUCAUGUUAUUCCUGUGAUGGACUGGUGACCUGUCCAGGGUGGCCCCACCUCUCGCCCGUUGACCCUGGGAGAUGGGCACCAACACCCCUGGUGACCCCACUAGGGAUAAACGUGUUGGAUAAUGGAUGGAUGGCUGUCAUGUCAUUAUAUUAUUCCCUUAUAAUGGAGUGCUGCUUUGAUUUUUUCAUGUAUAUUUGAAACAUAUUUGAAUCUCCUGUGGCAACCAUUCUGUGGUGUCUAAGUCCUUGCUGUAGCCAAACACCACCUUUUUCCAUAAAGCUCUUCCUUGGAACUGCAGACUCCAGCUGAGCUUCCACCUCUCUGAGCUCCUCUCCUCCUAGCCUCCCCCAUUUAGCUCCCCCAGACUAGUGGCAGCAGCAAUUAGUAAACACCAGGUGGAACUGCAAAUCUGCUGUGCUUAUUAUAAACUACGUCUCAGUCCUAUGCUCCUAAGAACAUUUGUUAACAGCAUAAUGUAGAACCAUUGUUGUGAUGACGGCGGGGUAUCAGAAAGAGCAGGAGUUUCUCAAUGAGACAGAGGCCCAAUUUCAAGAAGCUAAGUUAUGAAUUCAAAUUUCAUGUCAUGUUGCAUACAUACAGCACUUUUAUAACAACUGAAAGUAACAGUUACUUGAUUGUGGGGGUGGGCAUUCAUCUUAUCAUUUAUCGUAAAUUUGUUUUUGUAAUUUUAAGAAUUUAGAUUUAUCGUCACCAUAAAUUUCCGUAAACAUUAAAAAAAUUUACUAAAUGUAAUUUUUGCAAUUUUUUUCUCUUGCUUUUUCACAACAAUAUCAAUAACUAUCAAUAAAUUUGAAAAUUAUUAUACUAAGUCUCUAAAUCCAGUUUAGUGAUGCAUAUCACACUUCUCUAAGGCAUUUAUUUCAAACAGGAAUGUUUUUCAAAAGUAGGAUUUAUGUUUGUGGUGUUAUGAAUGUUGUGCCAUGCAAUCACCUAAAACAGAAGUGACGAAUAGUUUUUAACCAUUAUUUUUAUCGUUAUCAUCGUAGUACUACAAAAUAUUGUCAUAAAUUUCUUAGCACAAUGUUGCCCACCCCACUUGAUUGUACUAUAAAGGUGCUUAUGUGCCGCAUUCAUCUGUUCAAACAAUUAUACGCAUGUACAGACAUGCUGGGAAUGUGCAACCAUCACAUUGUAUAGGAAGAUAAUGGGUUCUGUGUCCCAGAGAUAAAUAUAUAAAUGUGCAAAUAGACCCCAAAGUAAAAGCUAAAGAUGCUGCUGUAUCUUUUUAAAACGUCAUUAUCCCCAGUGAAACAUGCCCUGUUCUGACAUUGCUUCUUCGCUGAGUGGUCUUUCAGCCAGAUUUUACAUAAAAAGAAACAUAAAAAGUCUGAUUUGUUUGCAAAUACACACACAGACAACAAUCAUCAUUUCUGGACACAUGUCCUAAGGCCUGGUGAAACUAAAGUGAACCUGUUUGGCCAUAAUGCCCGUUGUUACGUCUGGAGGAAGAACAAGGAUACCUGUACUAUUUUACCUUUGAAGUUUGGGAGUGGCAGCAUCAUGGUAUUGGGCUAUUGUGCUGCAGGAGGAACUACUUCCCAAAAACUGUACAAUACAGUUCGUCUCUAUCAAGGGGCUGAUGAGUUCAAUUUUAUAAGCUCUGUUACGAUUGAUCUUCUGUCUUUUGAUUCCUGUUAAGCUUCCACAUACUGCAAAAUAUUAUAUUAUAUUUAAUCGUGAUCAGUUGGGAUUAGUUGAUAAGAAGUGGAACACGAAAAGUAACAUGAAUGAAUCCACUCUCAGAUUGACUUCCACUGUUCAUUGAUUUGAUUAAAGUUGUUUAUUUGAGCAUAUGACAGGUAUGAUUAUGAUGGUUUUAGUUAAGAAUAGCUUGGAAAUAUAUAUUUUAGACUAGUUACGCAUUCAAUCGAAUGUUAUUGUAGCAGCAGUUUAUUUUCCUUUUGUAUGAUGUGCUUCAAUUCCUCAUAACCCUCAAUCAAAAGAUCUUUGUUUGGUGUGAAGCUCUGGAUAUGCAAUUUAUGUAGCCAUCAUGAGCAUCAGUGAAUCUGUGAAGGUCUGCUGAAAAAAUCUGUGGAGGCGUAUUCACCUGAAUUACUUAAGUCUGAGCCAACAUAGCUGCACCUCCUGAAAGUACAUAAUAUUGCCCUUUUAAAAUAUGUGAGGACCUAACUUAAAAUAAUAAAUGUAUUAGUCUUUUAAAAGUUUUGAAAAAAUAAAUAAAUAGAUUUCAAAAUGCACAAUAUAAAACUCAUUAUAUUGCUAAUAAUUACAAAUUUUGACAGCUUUUGAGCAGGCCCUUUCAGAUUCCAAAGAGAUUUCAAAGAACCUACUGACCUUGAUUUUCAGGAUCCAACAUCUCUAAAGUUUACACCUUUAAAUUCUGACAUUUAAACAUAUCUAGUCUGUAUCUGUUAUUUUUGGAUUUCAUCUGACUAUAACACAAUUAUUAAAAAAGAUUAUUGAUGACUGAUAUACAACACAUUGAAAUAUAUGAUAGACUAUGUGUGUGAGGUUUAUGUGUGCAACGGUGCAUGAAUUAUUAGACAAAGAUGUGGUGUGUUUGUGUAACAUGUGCUUAUUAUUAUGGAGACACCCUAGCACAGGGGUGGGCAACUCCAGGCCUGGAGGGCCGGUGUCCUGCAACUGUUAGGUGUGUGUCUACUUCAACACAUCUGAGUCAAAUAAUGAGGUCAUUAGCAGGACUCUGGAGAACCUGACUGCACUCAGUAGGUGAUUCAGCUGUUGGAUUCAAGUGUGUUGGACCAGGGAGACUCUUAAGAGAUGCAGGACCAGGAUAGCUCACUCCUGCCCUAACAGAUAUUUAUGUUUAUUGAUAAAGUUGUAUUUAUGAAGUUUAUACAUAUUUUCCUUUAGUGAUACUUUAUUUAUGCUACCAAGUUAAGUCAAACUGAAUUUAGAGUUUGACAAUUAUUGCACUAGUGUGCACUAUAGCAGUGGUCCCCAACCACCGGCUGUGGACUGGUACCAGUCCGUGGACCAAUUGGUACCGGGCUGCACAAGAAAUAAUUGUCCGCUCCAUGUAUUGAGUCUGGUGGAGCUAUUAUUUAGAAAAUCCUAAACCGGAUGCAGUUACGUCUUGCGCGCCAACAUGCAGCAGAAUGAGUCCGCAGAAAAUUUACAAAGGGUCAACUGGUCCGCUGUACUAAAAAGGUUUGGGACCACUGCACUAUAAGACCCUUCACCUGGUGAAAUGUUUAAAAAGUGCAAUGUGCUAAAAGCACAAUGUUUUAUAGUGCCAAAAUGAUGUGCCAGUUUUCACUGUGAUGACAAACUAAACAAAACAUAUUCUCAUUGAGAAACUGCAGUUUGUAGCAUAAUGCAAACUUUUACUCAGGUUUUAGAAUAUAAUCAGCAACACUUUAAAAGAGAUCUUCAAAAUGCAUGUUUUCUAAAGCUAUGCAUAACGAAGUUAAGCGUGUUUCUGUGAAUCUGUCUCAUCUUAUUCUCAUUUAACCAACUAGAAGUUGUGGCGUUCUGCCAAGCACUAUUUUUCAUGGACUUAAAUUUGUGCGGUAUUACAGGUCAACAUACAUGUGACCAGUGCUGGAAAUAUUUGAUAAAAAAUUUUUUUAUUGAGAAUUACAAGAAAAUAAAUCUAGUGACUAUAUGAAGUUGCCACUAUUUAAAGCACUAAAAUAUUAACCUGUCUGUCAAAGUAAAUUUGACCAAAACAUUAUUUAUUAAAUUUAAGUCCUUGGAGUUCACUGCCCUGCAUGUUUUCUGGUCUUAGAUCAUCUGAUUCAAUACAACAGAUAUGAAAAAGCUUCUGAAAGAAAAUAAUGUUGAGUGGCACCUUGCAUAGAAAGCAAAAUCACAUACCUUUUGUUCUGAAUCAAUUUGUCAUCCUUACAAGUUUUUAUAGCUUAUGCCUACACACGUUCACCUAUAAUGUUGUGAAAUAUUUUAGGUUACACAUUUUUAGUGUGAUGUCAUCAUAGUUGUAGUCAUUAAAUCACAGUGAGCAGUGAUGUUGAUGACUGUACAUGUAAUGUUUAGUCCCAGUGUUUCAACAGUAUAACAUGGCUUCCUAGACAAUGGUCAGAAGUCAUCUGACAGGUUGUGACUGAACAUGAAACCAUUUUCAUAUGCAUUUGCUAUUUUUUUUUUUUUUUUACUGUUAUGAAUUUUAAAAGUACAAGAUGCAUAUCCUUAAAAAUAAAGGGAACAGCUAUUUGAGCACUAUGUUGUCUGCACUAAAAAUAAAUACUUAC